AAUUCAAGAAAGCAAUAAACCUUUCUUCAGAUAUUUCUCCUUCUUUUCAGUGUCUAGCAGUCUUAACUGCAAAAGCUAUAGCUAGUAAGUGUGGGAUUCUCCAACCGGAUGAGGAAAUGGAAAGUAGUGCUGUCAUGGAAGUCGAGGAAUUCAUCAGGAAAUAUACCUCAGAGCAGGGGAAGGAGAUAAUCGACAAAAUUUGCGUCCUGGCAGGAGCAUCUCCUAGUAGGAAACGUCUUGUGUUGCAAUGCCUGAAAGAUAAAGGACACGUAGUUGCAGUCGCCGGUAUGAACGAUCCUGAGGUACGCGACAUUGUCAUCUUGGAUGAUCAUUUUGAAAAUGUGGCCACAGAUUUGAGGUGGGGAAGAUGUGUUUAUACCAACAUCAAGAAAUUCAUCCAAUUCCAACUCACCAUAAACGUUGCUGCUUUAGUCAUCAACAUCGUGGCAGCCAUAUCUUCGAGCAAAGUUCCUUUAGAGACUGUCCAGUUGUUGUGGGUGAACUUGAUCACGGGCCCAUUGGGUGCUCUGGCUCUGGCUACAGAGGAGCCCACGUCAGGGUCGAUGGAGAAGCAACCGGUUGGCCAGGAGCCCCUCAUUACCAACAUCAUGUGGAGAAACCUCCUAACUCAAGCUUUUUACCAGAUAGCAGUGCUCCUGACGCUUCAAUACAAAGGGAAAUUAAUCUUCGGUGUGACAGAGGCCGUAAAUGAUACCUUGAUCUUCAACGCGUUUGUGCUCUGCCAAGUUUUCAAUGAAUUCAAUGCUAGGAAGUUCAAGAAGAAGAACAUAUUCGAGGGCAUUGAGAAGAACAAAAGGUUUUUGGUAAUUGCUGGGUUAACAAUUUUUCUCCAGGUGGUCAUGGUGGAGUUUUUGAAGCAGUUUGCCGACAUAGAGAGGUUGAAUUGGGAACAAUGGGUUGCCUGCCUAGCCAUAGCUGUUGUCUCUUGGCCCCUUGGCUGGAUUGUCAAGGGCAUACCAGUGCCAGGAAGACCUAUUUUCAACUAUCUCUGGGAACACCUAUAAGACUUCAAAAAUUCAUUCAUUCUUUAAAUUUCUGCUUGCAUAUAUCUGUAAUUCGAUUCAAUUUCCCUCCAUUCCUAAAAUUAUAUCUGCUUGAAUACAGAUUGCAUGGGAAACAUUUCUUACAGGUAUAAAAUAACCUGAUUUGU